UAAGACUUCAGCACACACCAUGUCAGAUUGGAGCAUUGAUAAGAUCAAAACUCCAACACGCACCACAUCAGAUUGGAGUACUGACGCUACCCGGACUCCGGUACACAAAGUGUCAGUCUGGAGUAUUGAUGUCAACCAGCCUCCAUUACACUCAUCCACUUCUGAUUGUUUUAACAAUGCCACUGAGAUUCCAGUCCCCGAUGCUUCGGAGGGGAGUGCCAAUUUCCCUCAGACUUCACAGCACACAACGUCAGACUGGAGCAUCAAUGGUGGUCAAACUCCAGUCUGCACACAGGCCUCUGUUUCAAAACAAAUAGAGAAUAAUGGAAAGAUGACAAGUCAGGUCAUCAAUUCUUGCCACUAUCUGAUCGAUGACAUGCUGGGUGAAGGAUCCUUUGGAACUGUGUACAAGGGGCGACGUCUACACGAUGACUUAAAGGUGGCAGUGAAAUUUGUCACAAAGACGGAAGAUGUGGAAUACAUAUGUAUCUCGGGUCAUUCAGAGCCCUUUCCUCUUGAAGUUGCACUUCUCAUCCUCGCCCAUGGAGUAUCCAGCGUUCCAGAAAUAAUCCAGCUUCUGGACUGGCAGGACCAGGAGGACCAUUAUAUAAUGGUGUUGGAAUACCCUUCACCCUGUGAGGACCUAUAUGCUUUCACAGAAAGCUAUGGAGGAUCCAUAAGUGAAGGUUUAGCGCGUGUUGUUAUGCAGCAGGCAACUCAAGCUGCAUACAUGUGCUGCCGCAAUGGUGUUCUACAUCGCGAUAUCAAACUUGAAAAUCUACUAAUCAACAAGGAGACUCAUAAAGUCAAAUUAAUAGACUUUGGGUGUGGAGACCUUCUCAAGAAAUUACCCUACGAUACAUUUGCCGGCACCCUUGAGUACUGCCCCCCAGAGUUUGAGGAAACGGGUGAAUACAAUGGGAAGCCGGCAACAGUCUGGUCCCUUGGCAUCCUCUUGUUCGUAUUGGUGUGUGAGGACUUUCCCAACCCUCAAGAACUGCACAUGAUCAAUGAGAACAACUUCUCCAAAGCUGGCUUGUCCGAUGAAUGCUGUCAGUUGAUUAGUUGCUGUCUCCAGCAAAAGCCAGAGCAGCGGAUUCAAUUAAAAGAGAUUCUUCUCCACGAAUGGUUCAAGGACACCAACCUGGAGAACUGAAGAACAGCCACCCUACAUGUUAUUGUCUUGAGAGGAACGUUUCAGGCUGUUUGAGG